AUGGCUUCGAAACUAACUUUAAAUUCUCUUUCUGUCACAGCUAAACCUAAAGCCGCCAAGGGGGAUGCCAUGAUUCCCAAAAAAUCCGAUGGUCAUGUUGGUUUUGCAGAUUUACCUAAUCAGCUGUAUAGAAGAUCGGUUCGUAAUGGUUUUGAAUUUACGUUAAUGGUAGUAGGUGAAUCUGGACUUGGAAAAUCUACGUUGAUCAACUCUCUUUUCCUAUCGGAUGUAUAUACUACUGCAAAUUAUGAUGACAGAAUCAAACAGACUUUACAGAUCGAAGCCUCUACCAUGGAUCUUGAGGAAAAUGGAGUUCGCCUUAAAUUGACAUUAAUAGACACGCCAGGUUUUGGAGAUGCUAUUGACAACACAAACUGUUGGCAACCAAUUAUUGAUUUUAUUCAAAAAAGAUUUGACGAAUACAUUCAACAGGAAUCUCGCAUCGAUCGAGAAUACCACAUUGUAGAUACUCGAGUACACUGUUGCCUUUAUUUCAUCCCUCCAACUGGGCAUAGCUUGAGGCCUAUUGAUAUAGAAUAUAUGAAACAAUUGUACGAUAAGGUGAACAUUGUUCCUAUUAUUGCUAAAGCUGAUACCAUGACUGAAGAUGAAUGUAAAGGAUUCAAGAGAAGGAUUUUGAAAGACCUGCGGGAUAAUAAAAUUAGAAUUUUCGAAUUUCAAGAAGUUGCCGGAGAAGAUGAAGAUUAUGCUGCACAGCAUAAAUCAAGCAAAGAAAGCAUUCCUUUCGCCGUUGUUGGCAGCAACACUAAAAUUCAACUUAACGGUGGUAAAGAAGUUAGAGUCCGAAAAUAUCCAUGGGGUAUGGUAGAAGUCGAGAACAAUGAUCAUUCCGAUUUCAUCCAUCUACGAAAUGUUCUCAUCAGGACCCACAUGUUUGAUUUAAUAUAUAACACCAAUAUCUUACAUUACGAGAAUUAUCGAUACAGAAAAGGAGGUAGUAGUGUAAGCCAAGAAGGUACAAAUUAUAAAAUGCGUUUGGCCAAGGAAGAAGAGGAAGUAAAACACAGAUUAGAUACAAUGGAGGCUAGAAUGUCAGAAGUUUAUGAUACACAAAUUAAAGAGAAAAUUAAAAAAUAUAAAGAUAGCGAAAUGGAUAUCAAGCGUCGCCAUGAACACUUAGCUAAAUCAAAUGAUCAGCUGAGACGCGAAUAUGAGGAAAAGAAAAAGAAAUUCGAGAAGGAAAAGAGUGAUUUUAUUCACGUUUCUAAAAAGAUAGAGGAAGCUCAACUGAGCGCAAAAGGACAUUCGACGUCAUCACUACCAAGGUCUCCAAAGCCAGGAUUUCGCUCUUGUAGUCAUAAAAACGAUAAAACCGACGGGAAAGAAAAGAAAAAGAAGAAAUUAUGGUAA